AUGGCAACUGCAAAAGAAGAUUCUAUCCCUGUGCUCUUAAAUUCUGUACAAAUGCGUUUGUCGUCGUCACAGCGACAGCUCAGCAUUGUGCGCGCACAAAUGUCCAACCGUAUUCGCGAGGCUAAAAUGCAGGAACUUACGAUCGAGCAACUGAAAGGCCUAGGCAAUGAAACCCGUGUAUACAAGGCAGUGGGGAAAAUGUUUAUGCGCGAAGACUUUGACGACGUCUUAGCAGAGGCCUAUCGCAAGCGCGACCAGGCAAUGGAAGAGACACAAAUGCUCGAAAAGAAAAGCUCGUUCUAUGAGAAAGAAGCAACAGAAGCCAAAUCACACCUAACGGACCUUGUCAAGUCCAUCGAAAAAGCCAGCACACCACCUUGA